AUGACGCUUACGGAGUAUUUCGAAAGUUAUGGGCUCCGGCGAGGUGGAUGGACGCGCAUUGUCGGACGCGGAGCAGCAGUAGCGGCGUCCAAGCAAGCGGGGGAUCUGGAUCCGAGGCACCACCACCGGGCUCCUCACGACGGCGACGGAGGCGGCGGAGAAGGAGGAGGAGGAGCGCAGCAAGAAGCAGAUGAGCAGCAGCGGCGCCACCACCACCGGCUGUUGCAGCUCCACCAGCAAGUGCAGCAGGACCAAGACCCGCCGCCGGUACCCCUCUUCCAGCUCCAGCACCUGCAGUCCGCGGCGGCCGUGAGGCAGCGGGGCGGCUUGUCGGCCGAGUAUGCCCUUCUCGCGCCCAUGGGCGACGCCGGCCAGUCCCACCACCACGCCUUCCAGCCGCAGCUCCUGUCCUUCGGGGGAGUCGGCCAGCACCACGUGCACCAGUUCACGGCGCAGGCGCAGGCGGCGCCCGCGGCGUCCAACUCCUCGAGGCCGCGAGGAGGAGGCGCGGGCGGCGAGGUCGUGGCCGCGACGUCCGCGUCGCACUCGCGCGUGAGGGGCGGCGCCGGGGAGAUCGUGGCGGUGCAGGGAGGGCACAUUGUGCGCUCCACGGGGCGCAAGGACCGCCACAGCAAGGUGUGCACGGCGCGCGGGCCGCGGGACCGACGCGUGCGCCUGUCGGCGCACACCGCCAUCCAGUUCUACGACGUGCAGGACCGCCUGGGCUGCGACCGUCCCAGCAAGGCCGUGGACUGGCUCAUCAAGAACGCCAAGGACGCCAUCGACAGGCUCGAGACGCUGCCCGCGUGGCAGCCCACGGCCACCGCAGCCAAUGCCACCGCGCCGCCGUCCUCCUCCACGCACCCCGACUCCGCCGAGAACUCCGACGACCAGGCGCAGGCCAUCACCGUCGCGCACACGGCCUUCGACUUCCCGGGUGCUGGUGGAGCCGGCGGCGGCGGCAGCGGCGCGGGCUUCCUUCCGGCGUCGCUCGACUCGGACUCCAUCGCGGACACGAUCAAGUCUUUCUUUCCCAUGGCUGGCACGGGAGGCGGCGAGGCGUCUUCGUCCACGGCGGCGGCGCAGUCGUCCGCCAUGGGCUUCCAAAGCUACACGCCUGACCUCCUGUCGCGCACCGGCAGCCACAGCCAGGAGCUCCGGCUGUCCCUGCAGUCCCUCCCAGACCCCAUGUUCCACCACCAGCACCAGGACCGGUCGCAACAAGGCCACAGCGGCAAUGGCUCCGCGCAGCAGGCGCUCUUCCCCGGCGCCGCCAGCUACUCGUUCGGCGGCGGCGGCGGCGCCAUGUGGACCGAGCAGGCGCAGAGCCAGCGCAUGGUGCCGUGGAACGUGCCCAACCCAGGCGGCGGGAGCACUGGCGGCUACCUGUUCAACGUGUCGCAGCAGGCGGCGCACAUGCAGGCGGCGCUUGGCGGCCAGAGCCAGUUCUUCUUCCAGAGGGAACCCCUUCAGUCCAGUAACCAGCCCUCCGAGCGAGGAUGGCCGGAGACCGUCGAAGCCGACAACCCGAUGCAGCAGCAGCAUGGUGGCGGGCUAAGCUCCACCGUGUCGACCAUCGCGUUCGCGCCCGGCAUCGGCUUCUCCGGGAUCCGCAUCCCCACCAGGAUACAGGGCGACGAGGAGCACAACGGCGGCAGCGGCAAUGGCGACAAGCCGCCGCCGUCUGUGUCCUCGGCUUCUCACCACUGA